AUAUCUUAAAUCUGCCAAGUAUUGUUUAUAUAACAAUGAGCUUAGAAAGUUUAAUUAUAAAUAAAAAGUUACAUCUGAAAUCUUGUAAAACUGUUGUAACUAAUAUGCUUGGACAAAGGUACGAAGAAAUUGAUGGUGAAAAGAAAGAAUUACCAGCUGGAGUACCAUUUGUGGUAGAUAAUAAGCCUGAUUUUCAAAUCAGUCAAAUAAUUUCUGGACUAUUUCUGAGUUCGCAAGAUCCUGUUGUAAGUAAAGAAAUUUUACAAGAACAUGAUAUUCAUCACAUUUUAAGUAUCGGUAUUAACGUAACGGUAAAAUUUAAUGGGAUUAAAUAUUAUAACUGUGAUUUAUUAGAUCUGCCUGAAUCUGAUCUAAUUGUAGCAGUAAAAAGAUGUUAUAAAAUUAUACACGAAAAUCGUCAUGAAAAUAUUCUUGUACAUUGCAAUGCCGGUGUAUCUCGUUCACCAGCAAUUAUUAUUUCUUAUUUAAUAAUUUCCGAAAAGUUAUCUUACAGUGAUGCUUAUGCCAAAGUGAAAAAAUUGAGAAAUUACAUUAAACCUAACGAAGGAUUUGUAAAACAAUUAAAAAUGUUACGAUCCUCAUCUAUUUUCCAAUAAAUAUAUUAAAUUGACAAAGUAA